AUGAAGGACAACCUGGAUGCGACAUUUGUCUCUGAAGAGACAACCUCCAAGACCAAUGAUAACCCCAAUCUCUUCAUCACAACUCCAGUGAGGCUCGACGCAAUCAGGAAGGACCUUUCCAAAAAAUGCAAGCUCAGUCACGGUCAUUUCUUUGGAGAUGCAGAUUCCGCUUGGCCCCCACGCUGGCCUCGUGGCUACCGAAACGUUUCUUCUUUACCUAUCUCAGCUUUUGAGAGCCUUAAGAUUACACCUGCUGAUGUAGUAGCCAUUGACAAAACUACAUACACACAGAUCAGCAAAUCAUACCGGUGCUCUGAAAGAAAUCACAAGAUCAAUAAGAGAAAAACCAACCGUCGGGAGUCUUUCAGUGGAGAGGAGGAUGCCCCCCAAGAAAUAGGUGACGUGCAUGCCAAAAACUGGCAUAAUCAGGAUAACGACAUUCCUGGACCUUUGCAACGAUCCCCUUCCCCACCACUACCUGAGCCUAGCGCAGCUAUUCACUCCAAUCGUUCCAGGCGCAUCAUUCGCAUGCCCAAACAAUACGACGACUUCAUUCCUGGCGAUGAGGUACCUGAUGUGCCUCAGCCUGAAGAUGUCAUGUCUGAAGAGGGAGAUCACACCAGCAAUGUGCUAAUUUCUUUUGAGACAGAACCAGAUACAUGGGGAUUGUACCGAGUGUAUCCUACUUGUCCUACUCUAUUUCUGCAGACCAGUAUCACCCUUAAUACUCUAUGCGACUCUCCGAUGUUGCAGACAGGCAAAAAUCCCAAUAACACUUCAUCUGGGAUUCACACUGGCCCCCCCCCUCCCAUUUUCCGUCAUUCCCGAAAAUCUGUACUCUGCAUUCAGCAGUCCAACAGCUGGGAUAUUAGCAUUUUCAAUCCUACUCGCAAGAAGAGACUGGUCGCACAGUACCUUGAGGACCACUCCAACCCUUUUAGCACGAGGAAUGGGUGGAAGGAGUCAUCUGUCUACAUCUGCCUCCCUAAAGAAAAAAUGAAAUGGCCAUCAGAAGAGGAUGCUCCUGAGCUUGAGAUUAAAGGGGUGCGUCAUCGGUCAUUGACAGAUAUCAUAACGGAGGUGCAUCAGUAA